AUGAACACACACAUGAUUGAUUCCAACAUUCCUACUAGUAGUAUCAAUGUCACCCCAAAUGACCACAACAUAUCUUGUUCCAACAAUAACACUAGUACUAAUAAAUUAUACAAAGGGGUGAGGAAAAGAAAAUGGGGAAAAUGGGUCUCUGAAAUUAGGCUUCCAAAUAGCCGUGAAAGAAUAUGGUUAGGAUCAUAUGAUACACAAGAAAAAGCUGCAAGAGCAUUUGAUGCAGCUCUUUAUUGUCUACGUGGUCGCCAUGCUAGUUUCAAUUUUCCUAAUACACCCCUUACCAUCAAUGUAGCUGUUCAUCAUGGUGUUGGUCUCAAAUCUCUUUCACCACAAGAGAUUCAAGAGAUUGCUGCCAAGUUUGCCAAUGAUUACUCGCCACCAAUUGAGUUGAGCAAUCAAGAAGACGAAGAAGAAGAAGAAGAAGAAGAAGAUCAACAAGUACCAAUAGAGUCACAAAAUGAUGCCAAUUCUUACUCAUCAUGUCCUCUUUAUGACAAUGAGAGUGAUAUGAGGAGGAUGGAUUGGACAUUUGAGGAUAUGUUUGAUAACAUGAAUGGUGUUGCUAAUAGCAUUGAUUAUAGCCUCUAUAAUGGGCUAGAAAAUAUGCAAUACUCUAGUGAGCUACAAUAUUCUACUCAAUCUUUUGAGGAACAUAAUAAUGAUGACCAAAAUGAAUGUGAAAAUGCUUUUUCAGAUCAUUCAUUUCUUUGGAGUUGGAAUUUUUGA